CCUGCGUCCACCUGCUGUCUAGUCUGUGGUGUACGCGACCUACGGCGGACUGGGGCCUUGCGCGGGUGACAAGCAAUAUGCCGUGGCAUGCACCGGGGUCGUGUGGCUCUGCCUGAAGGAAGAAGGGCCUGACGGUGUUCGCAUGUGGUUCAAUGUGGUUUGUCGCACCCACUGCAUGUUGUCAGCAAGGCGGAUGGCAACCUGCGCCCGAUCAUCGACCCUACCGCUUCGGGGGUGAACGACUGCAUGACCAAGCUCCCCUGCCCGCUGCCCGACCUCGCCUCAAUUCUGGAGCAUUUGCCGUUCCAAGGGGCGCUAGGCAAACGGGACCUCGCAUCUGGUUUCCACCACAUCAAGUGCAGCCCGGAAGCACGCCGGUACAUGGCCUUUAGGCAUCCCACCACGGAGGCAGUCCUGCGUUGGGUGGUGCUGCCCUUCGGCGCCAGCCAAUCGCCCCCAAUCUUUGUGGAGUUAACCAACGCCGCGUGUGCCAUCUUCCAAGCGGAGUGCGACCGGCGGGGGCUACGGGUCAAGCUCUUCUGCUUCGUCGACGACUACAUCAUCCUAGGGGUGACCCAUGCAGACGUCGUUGGCGCCUUCGCGGUCAUGGACGAAAUAGGUGGCGAG